AUGUCUUACCAUUGGAGAGACUGGGCACUAGCCUCGACGCUAACUCUAGCUACAGCGUACACAGCAUGGACGUUACUUUCACCUAAGCUGUCGCAAACCGCAUUGCUUCGCCCUAAAACCAAGGGCGUGGCUUCACUCAUUGGCAACACUCCCAUGGUUGAGAUCGAGUCGUUGUCUAGACUCACUGGUUGCAAGAUCUACGCUAAACUAGAGCUCAUGAACCCCGCUGGUCUGGCCAAGGACCGUGUGGCUCUUGCAAUUAUCAGAGAAAACGAAAAGUUAGGCAACUUGAAGCCUCAUAACGGUGAUGUCAUCUUUGAGGGAACUUCAGGCUCCACGGGCAUAUCGUUCACGGUUUUGGCCAAUGCUCUUGGCUACACUGCACACAUUUGUCUUCCUGAUGACACACUGACGGAGAAAAUGCAACUUCUCAAGUCGUUGGGCGCAGUGUUGGAGCCUGUCAAGCCAGCACCAAUCGUGGACCCCAACCAGUACACGAAUGCGGCAAGAAACGGCGCUAAAUCUAUCAACGAAGAUGAGCUGGACCCAAGAAAUGCCAUUUUCGCCGACCAAUUUGAAAAUGACUACAACUGGCGUGUUCAUUAUCGCACUACGGGGCCAGAGAUCUGGCGCCAAACCGAAGGUGAUAUCUCUGCGUUUGUUUCGGGUUCUGGCACUGGGGGUACUAUUGCGGGAGUUUCCAAAUACCUCCGAGAGAAGAAGAGUGACAUUAAGGUGGUUUUGGCCGAUCCUCAGGGCUCUGGGUUGGCCAAUAGAGUCAAUUAUGGGGUCAUGUAUGAUACUGUGGAAAAAGAGGGAAAGAGACGCAGACACCAAGUGGAUACUAUGGUGGAAGGUAUUGGGCUCAAUCGACUCACCUGGAACUUCAAGCAGGGAGAACAUAAUAUUGAUGAGGCCAUUCGUGUGACGGAUUCCCAGGCCACUAAGAUGGCCAAAUUUCUCUGCGUGAAUGAUGGACUCUUUUGGGGUCUGUCUGCUGCUGUCAACUGUGUGGCAGCAGUGAAAACAGCGCUCAAGUAUGGCCCCGGCCAGAGGAUUGUGGUGAUUGCGUGUGAUUCUGGAGCUCGACACUUGCUGAAGUUCUGGAAGGUGGCUGCUGAGGUUCCAUCUACGAUCACGUUGGAAGAGAUUUUGAACGAGUAA